AGCUAUACAACAAUAAUAAAAUCCAAUAAUGUUUACUUUCAAGUAACACUGAUUAAAAAUUCUCAAUAUAUUACAGCGUUCCCUGUAGAGUACCGGAAGUUUAUUCCAAAGGAGAACCACCUCCUGAACCGGAAACGGAAAUACCCGUGGCGCGAGUUUGAAAAUUGUUUACAAAAUACAAGUAAAACCGGAGUUUUCGAGGUUGACUGUGCCACAGCCACUUGAGCGAUGGGAGUGAGCGAAUUGUGGUCUAUCCUGGAGCCAGUGCGGGAGUCUGUGCCCCUGUAUAGCCUAGCUGGGAAGACCCUGGCAGUGGAUCUGAGUCUAUGGGUCUGCGAAGCCCAGUCUGUAAAAGAGAUGGCAGGGCGGGUAGCUAAACCCCAUCUCCGAAAUUUAUUCUUCAGAGUUUCAGCUGUCACACUAAUGGGCAUUAAGCUCAUUUUUGUCAUGGAAGGAGAGGCCCCGAAAAUGAAGGCAGAGACCAUGCACAAGAGAACCGCCCUGAGGUUUGGCACUUCCCGGAAGUCAGCUCCCAAAGCGGCGCAGACCAGCAGAUCCCGCUUUAAGUUUGUCCUCAGAGAGUGUGCUGAAAUGCUGGACUGCUUGGGCGUCCCCUGGGUCACAGCUAAAGGCGAAGCAGAGGCCAUGUGUGCUUUCCUGGAUUCGUCCGGCUCUGUCGACGGCUGCAUCACCAACGAUGGUGACGUUUUCUUAUAUGGAGGACAGACAGUGUACAGGAACUUCAACAUAAACACCAAGGACCCCCAAGUUGACUGUUAUAAGAUGGAGAGAGUAAGGACUGAGCUCCACCUGGAGCGAGAGACUCUUGUGGGUUUAGCUAUACUACUGGGCUGUGACUACGUUCCUAAGGGAAUAGCAGGGGUUGGAAAAGAACUGACUUUGAAGCUCGUACAGACUUUGAGCGGACAGACACUCCUACAGAAAUUCCGCCAGUGGAGUGAUGACGAGCAGGAAAUGCCAGAGAGACGUGUGAAAAAGGUCACCCACUGCCCCAUGUGCCAUCAUCCAGGGACAGCGAAGGCUCACGAGCAGCACGGCUGUGGGCUCUGUGGAAGCACACGAUUCUGCGAGCCCAAGGACUACGACUACUUGUGUCCAUGUGACUGGCAUCGUGCCGAGCUGACACGCCAGAGUGGUACCGUCGAGUCCAUCGUUAAACGGAAGGCUUUAGCAUGCAAGGGAUUCCCUUUUACAGAGGUGAUAGAUGAGUUUCUAGUGCCUAAGGACAGACACACUGAGAAUAUUACAAGAAGGAAACCUAACCUGGUGCUGAUGCAGAACUUUGCCCUGAAAAAAAUGGAGUGGCCAAAGCACUACACCAGUGAGAAGGUGCUGGUGUUGAUGACCUACACGGAAAUGAUGAACAUCAAGUGUGGCAGGAAGACUUCCUCCCUGAUAGAACCCCUGCGGAUAUGCAAGACGCGGGUGAGGAAUGGGAUCGCCAGCUUUGAAAUAAUAUGGAAGAAACCAGAGCACUUCCUCCACCCCGGAGACUGCCCAGGCGAACUCGGGGAUGUGGUGACGACAAUCGAGGAGGAGUCCCUUUUCCGGUCUGCAUAUCCGGGCAUCGUGGAGCGAUUCCUGAACGAGAAAGAGGCAGCGGAGCAGAACAAGCAAAAACAAAGGAAACGUCAAAAUGGAAAGAGAGAUGGCACACAUGAUGGGUCGGAUGACGUCUCGGAGAUGUUCGCACUGAUGAAUCUGCAUGGCUGUUCAGAAGGGAAGAUCGAGUCUGCCACCAGCAAGCAGAGUGCAUCCCCAUCUAGUAGCGAAUCCUCUGACAAUUCGCGGUCCACCAAACAAGGAGAGGCGCCCCCUGCAGGCUGCUCUGGCCUAGGUACUGCACGGGGAACUCUGGCCACAGAGGAUUCAGCGUCCAGGCCUCCCUCGUUCCCCGGGACUGUGCCCCCUACAGUGUCGUCAUCUCCAUCUGAGGCGACGAUCAUCAGCGAGCUGCACUUGAGCGAGAUUGACUGGGAUGCCUGUUCUUUCAGCUCCUCUCCGCAGACUCCGAGCGGUCAGCGUGGGGCGACGCUCCCUGCAAGCCUCAGCCUGGAGGAACACUCCACUGGAGUCUUGGGGCACUGCGGGUCGCCUGGAGGGGAGCCUGUAAAUCCAUCUGGUGUAAGAAACCCAAAUCGACCCUCUGCAGUCAGUUGUUCUGAGGAUUCUCUGAGAAACCGAGUUUUAAUGAAAAAUGCCACAGGGCACCAAAAAGUGACUGCUGACGUGGUAACACGAACACAGCAGACCCAAGGCUUACGGUCCAUUCCGAGCAGCGGUGGCAAUUCCGCUCCAUCAGAGCCGCUCCUUAAAGUAAAGCAUACUGCCAAGGUUCUGCAGAGAGCCCAGACACUUCCCACGCCUCCUGGCGGCAAUGACGAUGCGAGGAAGGGCACAAAGAGUUCCCUUAGUGGCCCAGAAGGCACUCGCAUAACGACUCAGAAAUACAGAUUCGUAAGAACGAAAGAUAAUGCUGGAGCAGGGCAUUGUGGGAAUAAUAGAGGAAAGAAGACUCGGGCCGUGAAAAAAAGUGUGUGCGACAGCUUGUGUUCGUCAAGCGACGACAGCAAUGCGGAGAAUGUUCCGGUGGUCAGAAAGAAGACGACCGUGAAGGGGAAGCCUGGGCACGGAUCCCCACAUGGUGCACAUCACCGACAGAGGACAGGGGACUGUGUCACACCUCAUGUCACCGUGAAGGGAACCUCUGACUGGGAUAGGGGGGGCUGUGGGCUUACCGAGGAUGGGAACAGAAUGGUACCUUCUGAUCUCAGAGAUGUUACUCAGAGCCCAUCCUGUCCAGCAGGUCCCGGUGAGGGAGAUGACUCAGUCAUUUCUUUGGACAGCCCACUGCCUUUAGCAGAGAGGCUAAAACUCAGGUUCAUUUAGGACAUCCAGU